UCUGUUGACCGUUGGCGACGCUUCCGCUACUCGACGCGUCGGAGGGCCUCCUACCAAGGCCAUGGCGCCGGUGUCCCGCUCGCGGAGCCCAGAGGAGUCGCCGUCCUCACGGCGGGAGAGGAGCGACAGUUCAACCAGCCCUUCCCCGCCCAGGUCCAGCCGGAGCAAGAGGUCCCGCGCCCAGUCUCCGUCCCGAUCUCGGUCCCGCGAGCGCGGCGGCAGCGGGUUCCGUCAGCGGCCCGGCCCGCUUCACCACUUCGGCCACCGCCAUGGCCCAGAGCACUACGGCAAGGAGCAGGAGGAGUCGCUGAGGCAAAGGCGAUUAAACGAGAGAGAGAGAAUAGGUGAACUUGGAGCACCUGAAGUUUGGGGAUUCUCACCAAAGGUUCCUGACCCAGACUCUGAUGAACACACUCCUGCAGAAGAUGAAGAUGGUACAUCUAAAAAGAGCAGCUCUUCUGAUUCCAGCUCAGAAGAGGAGGAGAAGAGGAAGAAAAAGAAGAAAAGGAAGAGAAAAGCUGCUUCACGUGAUGAGGAAAAAAAGAAAUCCAAGAAGAGGAAAAAGAAGCAUAGGAAAAAAAAGUCCAAGAAAAAAAAGAGUAAAAAAAGCAGGAAAGACUUCAGUGAGUCAAGCAGUGAAGAUUCUGAUGAUGACGAACAGCAAGAGGAUGAUCUCUGGAUUGAGAGAUCAAAAAAUGCAGAUGCUGUGGAUUUCAUAGGACCAGAAGCUCCCAUUACUCACGCCUCUCAAGAUGAUCGGCCCUUGAACUAUGGACAUGCUUUACUCCCUGGUGAGGGCGCUGCCAUGGCAGAAUAUGUAAAAGCUGGAAAACGCAUCCCUAGGAGAGGUGAAAUUGGUCUAACCAGUGAAGAGAUUGCAUCAUUUGAGAAGUCUGGCUAUGUGAUGAGCGGCAGCAGGCACCGGAGAAUGGAAGCCGUGCGUCUGCGUAAGGAGAACCAGAUCUACAGUGCAGAUGAAAAGAGGGCCCUGGCAUCUUUCAACCAGGAGGAGAGAAGGAAGAGAGAGAACAAGAUUUUGGCAAGCUUCCGAGAGAUGGUCUACAGGAAAACCAAGGGCAAAGACGACAAAUGAAUGGGAUGCUCUUCUUGUGCUUAUUGAUCAUAUUGAUGACCGUCACCUGUUACAGCGAUUUGCAAAUAGGUGUCCAGCAUCACAGCCCUACUUGCAGGGUGUACUGCUGGUUGAACUUCAGGAAAUGGUUUAUAUGUAUCAAUAGGAAACUUGACAGGUGUAUGUGGAUAGCCUGUUCACAAAUUUGCUGUAUGGCAUUAGCAGCAGAAGGACAAUGGCCUAAAUGAAAUGAGGCACGGCUCUAUUGCAGACUAUUCCAAAAUAUUGCUAGAAAUCCAAGGUACUGUGCCAGUUGAUGGAUUUAAGAGACACUUUGUAAAAUUCUGAGCAGCAAAUCAAGACUUGUGGAAUUGAAACUUGGCAUUUUGUUAAGGUUGCUUUGUUUUCAAUCCUUUGCUAAGAGAAUGUUGAGUGUACACUAUGAGUCACAGAGUGGAUCAGAGUGAUCUUCCAAUGGCAUUAGAUAAUCAAAUAAAUGUUGGAGAGAAUUUUUGGAUGCCAAGAUCUCAAGUUUUGGGCAAGUACUGUUUGGUGAGAGAACCCCAGCAGGGAGUUGGAAGUCACAAUAUAUUCAGCAAAUAUUCAGCAAAGUAAAGCAUGGAAAAGCAUAGGCUGUUUUACCUUUAAAAUAUGCCCUUUCAAGUGAGUUCCAAAUUUUCCCUCUUCCCACAGAAUGGGAUAUGACCACACAUUUGGUAAGUUAAAAGAUGGUUUACUAACAAACUCUCCAAAGGUCAGAUUUAUGUGCUCUUCCGCACAUAGUCAGGCAGUAAAACUACAGCCAGGCAGUAAAACUUAGUUACAAAGUGAUGAAAGUUCCUAGACAUAGGAAGUGAACUGGCAUAGGAAGUGAAGAGUAAUGUGUGAGAGCCAUGCUGCUAAGCUGGAGUAACCAGUUCAAACCUCUUCACGUGCUAAGGUGCUCAGGUAGACUGAGAGGAAAUGAUAGGUUUGAUUACCUAUUUCUUCCCAAGGUAAGGGAACUGACAUAGUUAAGUCUGGCAGGACAGCUAACUCUAUUAUAUUAACCAUUUCAUGCAUUAGACUUAAGCAUGUUGGUAAAGGCGCUGUGGGCUAAACCACAGAGUCUAGGGCUUGCUGAUCAAAAGGUCGGCGGUUCGAAUCCCUGCAAUGGGGUGAGCUCCCGUUGCUCAGUCCCAGCUCCUGCCCACCUAGCAGUUCAAAAGCACAUGCAAGUAGAUAAAUAGGGACCGCUCCGGCGGGAAGGUAAACGGCGUUUCCGUGCGCUGCUCUGGUUUGCCAGAAGCAGCUUUGUCAUGCUGGCCACAUGACCCGGAAGCUGUCUGGCUCCCUCGGCCUAUAGAGCGAGGGUUAUAUGGGGCUGGUUAUCCCACAAUAACAGAUGGUGCAAAUUGAUUGUACCAUUGAUUGCACAAAGACAAAAAGUCAUUAACACAGCCUUUUUAAGCUUCAGAACAGUUUUGUUUGUUGUACAUUAGUGAGACUUAAUUCUCUUUUACUAGAUUUUAAGUGACUUAAAUUAUAGUCUUUUUCAGUGGCUCGGAUUCCUUGUAAAUGGAGCAGCUCUCUUUGUGCAGAUUUGUACAUUUUAAUUAUGAAUAUAUUUUAUAAUUUUAAUAAGAAGCUGUAUAGUGCUGCAGCAGAGUGUCUUCCAGUGACUGGCCUAUUUCUGAGCCAGCAGUGGAAUGGGCAUUUGCGCCCUCCCGUUUCUCUUAGUACAGAUUUGCUUUCAUCAUCCUGUACAUUAACUAGUAUGGUUAAGUCUGACCGAUAGCUCAUCAAGAGAGAGAACUAUUUGAAGAUUGUAAGCAUCUUCCUACCUGACUUCAUUGUGCAAAUAGAGUUUCAGUGGGACGAAACAAGUUAGAUAUCCAUAGGCUUUGAUGGGCUGAAAACAUAACCCCUAUUGUAGGCAAAGUCUUUAUGCCAGUAUUGAAAUGUGUCUGGCAUGUACCAUCCACAGGGACUUCUGAGCACCUCUGCUCUUUCAGAAGCCUCAAACCCAACCUAAAAAAUCUCCCUCCCAAGUUCAGGGGACCCUCAGGGGCACCUCUGACAUGGCACAAGGAACUGUGAUGCAAAGGUUGGGAGGGAAUGGUGAAGCAAUAAAAUGUGUACAGGGAGUGGGCUUGAUGUGCAUCCUGUGUACCAUUCCUUUCACAAUUCCAAAACCACGUAUUAUUUCUGGAAAGUUACAUUUAAAAUUGUUCCCCUGGGUGCACCUUAGUUGUUUUUUUAUCUAUGGCUUGUCAGUUUCAAGCCAUGACUCGUUCUUUGAAACAAGUAUAAAAAUAAACACUUCAAUUUGACAGUGUUUGAAAGCACUUGCCAUUUGGAAAAUUGGAACUCGGGGCUGUGGCUCACAAGCAUGGCUUGAAUUAAGAUCACAUGUCAACGGCUUAGUGUGCAUGUUGCAGUCUAUGGUACUAACUUGCUAUUCCUCAUGUAGGUGAACAACUGGGACUGAUGAGAGCGAGAAUUCCCAAUAAAAAAAUUGUGGGAUGUAAUCCAUUGGUGCAGUCAAAUGCAACAUUCCUUGUUUCCCUAGAGGGGACACAUGCAGGGGGACAUCCAGUCAGUGUAACUUCCUGUACCACUGGUCGCGAGCUCCUUCCCCUGCUUGUGACCUGGGAGAUGGGCAUGGCUCUGGCUGACUCCUUAAAGAGCUGAGUCAUGCAGCCAUUUUCUCACUUGUUUUCCUCAUGUCUUGCUUGCUGAUCUUUUGCUGCCACUGCUCUCCUGCAACCAUUUUCUAUUCUUAAUGUAAUUUUGCCAUCUGCUGGCUCUUAGCCAGCAGCACAUGAGUUCAGUCUCCAUAUGAGAUGAACUUACAGUUUCUUUGUGUAACUACCAAGUAAAGUCUGCCUUUCAGGAAUCAUAUUGUGAACUGAAAUGUGAGUAAACUUUUUGUUACUUUACUCAGAAAGACUUGUGUCUUUAUUCUUUUAAGAGGGAUUAAAGGGGACACCAGGAAAUAAUCUUAACUAAAAGAUUCAAAUGAAUCUACAAACUACGGUAGCUUCCAGCUAUAUUGAGGGGAAUUUGCUCUGCUACAUCAUAAUACUUAAUCAAUAUAUCCUUCCCUACCAUCCUUAGCAUUCCCACAAAAACCAUUAAGCAUAUUUCAAUGAGUUUAAAGAAAAAGAAUACAUAAAACAUUUUAAAAGGUAGAGGAAAACAAAAAUAACAACACAACAGUAAAAUAUAAUUAAGUAUUCCCAAUAGUAAGGGAUAAUGGGAGUAGUUGUCCAAAACAUCUGGAGGUCUAGCUUACGACAGAGUGACAUGCAAAUAUAACCCCAUGCAAAUUCUCUUUAAAAUAGUUUUACAGACAUUGGCAGUGUAAGCAAGGCUUUGUUUCCUAACAUGGUACCCUCCAGAUGUUGUGGAGUACAAUUUGCAUCUGCCCCAGCCAGCCUGGUGAAUGGUCAUGAAUUAUGUUGGGAGGGGAGCACCACGUUUGCUACCCUUGGUCUACGUAGACUUGGAAGGUUGCAAUAAGUAGAUAUAUCUGCCAUGUCUACUGCAAGAUUAAGGCCACUGAUGCUUUGUGGGUUUGAUCAAGUAACAAUUACUCUCCAAAAAUUAAGCCUUCUAACACGGGACAGAAAGACCUAAAAUGACAAGCUGACUACAGAUGUGCACAACUUUUAUUCAUAAAAACUAGCAGAAAACCUAGAAGAGAGUUUUUAGUUU